GUUUCCGGUAGCGGUCGGAAGAUGCUUGGACAAGCCGAUAAUGUUGUGUAACUGCACGUUUUCCACAUCACCAUGCCAGUAGAUGGUUCAGAGGAUCAGGCCCCAUUUUCCUUCUCUGGGAUGGCCAGUGUUGCUCUCACCAGAAGAGCUUCAGAGGAGAAUGGAGGAUCAGUGGUUUAUUCUGAAGCUACUUCUGCCUGCCCAGCUGUUAACGAUGCAGGAGACGACAACAGUGGUGGUAAAAGGUCCGGAGCCUUGCUGCAGAUCGACCGCCAGCGAAUCCAAGCAGCAUCUGCCAGUUCUGGGGCUGAUGAGCUGCUGGGUCUUGGUGUGGCUGUCUACGAUCAGGAAGUCCUUGAGCAAGGUGUCCUGCAGCAGGUGGACGAGGCCAUCAACGAGGCCAAUCAGGCUGCGGUCAAAGCUGAGGCGGAGAAGGAAUACGAGUCGGUGCUGGAUGAUGUCAGAUCCGUUACCUCAUCCCUCAAACAUAUUAAUAAAAUCAUUGAGCAGCUAUCUCCGUACGCUUCGACAAGUAAAGACAUCACGAGGAAGAUUGAGUCUGUGAAAAGGCAGAGAGAAAAUAAGGAGAAACAGCUCAAAAAGGUCCGAGCUAAACAGAAGCGACUUCAGGCUAUUUUAGGAGGAGAGGCCACCCAAAGGUUUGAAGAUGAGCUUUUGGCAGAGGAUGCAGAAGAGACAGAGCCUGGCCCCUCAACGCUGGGCAGCAUGCUCAUGCCAGCCCAGGAGACGGAAUGGGAGGAGCUAAUAAGGACAGGUCACAUGACCCCUUUUGGUACACGAAUCCCACAAAAGGAAGAGGUCAAAAAGGAGCCCUGGAAAUUGAUGCUGGCUGAGAACUCAGCCUUCGAUCAGUAUUUGGCCGACCAGGCCAAGCUGGCGACUGAGAGGAAGAUAACCCCUCAUGUGAAGAAAAAGAAGAGCUGUGGUGCUAAAAGGGAAGGAACCAAAAGCAUUGCUUCCUCUCCAAAGGAUAAGAAAAUGCGUAAGCGCAUGCGAAAGCUCCAGAUAACCGCUUUGAAAGCUCACCCUAAGGCGAGACCCAAGUCUGAGCCACAAGCACCCAAGUGGAAGAGGAAACUUCAAAUCGAGGGUGAGGAGGUCGACAGCGAGGGGUCAGAGUACCUACCGAGUGACCAAGGAUAUGAUCCUGACCAAGAGGAGAGAGAUGCCAUGGAGGAGGGCUACGGGGAUGACGAUGACAAUGACGAGUAUGACUUAAAACCGUACAAGAGGAAGAAUGAAGCUAAGGGCAGGAGACUGAUCAAGAAACAACAUAGCGAGGAAGAAUACUCCCCUGAAAGCUCAGAAGAAGAGGAGGACACCGGGAGGAAAGAGAAGAAAUUCAAGGAUGACGGAGAUGUUGAAUAUUACAGACAGCGAAUAAGGAGGUGGAAGCGACAACGCCUCAGAGAAAGGGAGUUAAAGAGGGAAAGCGGCGAGCUCACAGAUGAUAGCGAUGCCGAAUUUGAUGAAGGCUUCAAAGUGCCUGGUUUCCUCUGGAAGAAACUUUUCAAGUACCAGCAGACUGGCGUACGGUGGAUGUGGGAGCUCCAUUGUCAGCAGGCAGGUGGCAUCCUGGGAGAUGAGAUGGGUUUGGGUAAAACCAUCCAGGUCAUCAGUUUCCUGGCUGGACUCAGCUACAGCAAACUGAGGACCCGAGGAUCCAACUACAGGUAUGUUGGUCUGGGUCCAACCGUCAUCGUGUGUCCUGCUACAGUCAUGCACCAGUGGGUGAAGGAAUUUCACACGUGGUGGCCUCCCUUCAGAGUGGCUGUCCUUCAUGAAAGUGGCUCUUUCACUAGCAACAAGGAAAAGCUGAUUCCUGAGAUUGCAUCUUGUCAUGGGAUCUUAAUAACCUCAUAUUCAGCUGUGCGGAACUUGCAGGACACAAUGCAACGCUACGAUUGGCAUUAUAUCAUCCUUGAUGAAGGCCACAAGAUUAGAAAUCCAAAUGCUGGAGUCACCACAGCCUGCAAACAGUUCCGAACUCCCCACAGGUUCAUCCUCUCUGGCUCUCCCAUGCAGAACAAUUUGAAAGAGCUAUGGUCUCUGUUUGACUUUGUCUUUCCUGGAAAACUGGGAACCCUGCCCGUCUUCAUGGAGCAGUUCUCUGUGCCCAUCACUAUGGGAGGAUACAGCAAUGCCUCACCUGUCCAGGUCCAGACAGCUUUCAAGUGUGCGUGCGUGCUGAGAGACACCAUCAAUCCUUACCUCCUUCGUAGAAUGAAAGCAGACGUCAAGGCCAAUCUCGCCUUACCUGACAAGAAUGAGCAGGUUCUCUUUUGCAGGUUAACACAAGAGCAGCGGGAAGUGUACCAAAGCUUCUUGGACUCUAAAGAAGUCUACCAGAUACUCAACGGGGACAUGCAGGUUUUCUCAGGCUUGAUAGCGUUGCGUAAGAUUUGCAACCACCCAGAUCUUUUCUCCGGCGGCCCCCGGCUGCUGAGGGGGAUCCCAGAGGAGGCGCUGACAGAAGAGGAGCACUUUGGCUACUGGAAACGCUCGGGCAAACUAAUCGUGGUGGAGUCGCUGCUGCGCCUUUGGUUCAAGCAGGGUCAGCGAGUGCUGCUCUUCACGCAGUCCAGACAGAUGUUGCAUAUCUUUGAGGUGUUUGUGAGGCAGAACAACUACACUUAUGUGAAAAUGGACGGCACUACCGCCAUAGCUUCCCGACAGCCCCUCAUUGCGCGCUACAACGAGGACCAAUCUAUUUUUAUCUUCUUAUUGACCACUAAAGUGGGAGGCCUUGGAGUCAACCUGACAGGAGCCAACAGGGUCAUCAUCUAUGACCCAGACUGGAAUCCCAGCACUGACACACAGGCCAGGGAGCGGGCGUGGAGGAUUGGUCAGAAACAACAAGUAACAAUCUACAGGCUCCUCACUGCAGGGACCAUAGAGGAGAAAAUCUACCACAGGCAAAUUUUUAAGCAGUUUCUUACUAAUCGUGUGCUGAAGGACCCCAAACAACGGCGGUUCUUUAAGUCCAACGACAUUUAUGAACUAUUCACUCUCGCUGACCCUGACGGCACACAAGGCACAGAGACCAGCGCCAUAUUUGCAGGUACCGGAUCAGACGUGAAGGCACCGCAGAAACCUGACAGGAUGCAGCGCAGCAAACACCCUAAAGUGGACCAGAAUGACUCAAGGAUCAUUCCUGCAUCUCCAAGUAGAAAAUUACCCGGGAGUCAAUUCAACGCUCUAAUAGACCAGCACGAUGAUGCAAAAGUAUCAGCCAGUAUAGAAAACAAAUUCAGCCACGAGACUUAUAAGGACACAGAUGGCGGCCUGAAGCGCAGGGAGAAGAGGAAGCACUGUGACUCCAAAAACGUGAAAAGACAUCAAAAUAAGAAGCAUAAACGCGACAAAGACGCUCGGUUUGAAGGCCACCGUAUUUCUCACUUGGUGAAGAGGCGAGCGUUGAAGAAGGAGGAGACUGACGAGCAGCCUGGCGACCAGAAGAAAUCAGACGAUUAUGUUUUGGCGAAGCUCUUCAAGAAAUCUGGAAUCCACAGCGUCAUGCAGCACGACUCCAUCAUCGAGUCGUCCAACCCAGACUACGUCCUGGUGGAGGCAGAAGCCAGCCGGGUGGCCAAAGACGCCCUGAAGGCCCUCAAAGUGUCUCGGCAGCAGUGCAGGCUGGCCGCCAGUCGACAUCCUCCGCCCCCCGCACGGAAACGCUUUGGUCAGAAGAAGAAUUCUCUCCUGGUUGGACCUUCAGUCCACAAUGUCCCCGCGUCCAACAAAUGCAAGGAUGCUGCCAUCAUAAGAAACAUGAAGUCAAAGAAGUCUGCAUCGGGAGCUCACUUCAGCGGGGAGGCGGCCGAGACCGACUGUAGCCCCGCCCCCCUGUCCUCUUCCGCUCUGCUGGCGAAAAUGAAAAGCCGCAACCACAUCAGCCGAGGAGGAGGAGGCGGAGAGGAGGAAGAAGAGGAGGACGUUGCGGCGAGAUCUCGCUCCCCUCCGCCUCCCAACACCGAGCACGACGAGCUGCUGGCGGACCUCCGCAACUUUGUGGCCUUCCAGGCGCAGGUGGACGGGGAGGCCAGCACGCAGGAAGUGCUGCAGUACUUCAAACCCAGACUGAGCGAGAAGCAGGCGCCCGUCUUCAGAGAACUGCUCAGGAGCAUUUGUGACUUUCACAGGACGUCUGGGCAAGAAGGCCUCUGGAGGCUCAAGGAGAACUUCCGUUAAAGGCCUACUGAAAUGAGAUUUUCUUAUUUAAACGGGGAUAGCAGGUCCAUUCUAUGUGUCAUACUUGAUCAUUUCGCGAUAUUGCCGUAUUUUUGCUCAAAGGAUUUAGUAGAGAACAUCGACGAUAAAGUUCGCAACUUUUUGGUCGCUAAUAAAAAAGCCUUGCCUUUACCGGAAGUAGCAGACGAUGUGCGCGUGACGUCACUGGUGUAAGGGCUCCUCACAUUGUUUAUAAUGUGAGCCUCCAGAAGUAAGAGCAAUUCGGACCGAGAAAGCGACAAUUUCCCCAUUAAUUUGAGCGUAGAUGAAAGCUUUGUGGAUGAAGAUAUUGAUAGUGAAGGAGUAGAAAAAAAGUAAUAAUAAUAAAAAGCGACGGCCCUGGGCGGCGGCAGUGUGAGCCUAUCAGAUGUGAUUAGACACAUUUACUAGGAUAAUUCUGGAAGAUCCCUUAUCUGCUUAUUGUUUUAAUAGUGUUUAAUUGUGUUUUAGUGAGAUUGUAAAGACAUACCUCGAGGUCGGAUGUCUGCGGUGAACACGCCAGUGUCUCAGAGAGAAGCCGAGGAGCCAAGCUCACAGCUGCCUUUUUUGACAGCUACUGCAGGAGGACGCAUAAUUCACUCAAGUCUCCGGUAAGAGCCGACUUAAUAUCACAAUUUUCCCAUCCAAAAACUUGCUGGUUGACGUAGAGAAACAUGUUCGCUUGACCGCUCUGUGUUAAAGCUUCACAACAAACAAACACCGGCUGUGUUUCGGUGCUAAAGGCAGCUGCAAUCCACCGCUUUCCACCAACAGCAUUCUUCUUUGACGUCUCCAUUUUUAAUUGAACAUAUUGCAAAAGAUUUAGCAACAGAGUCGUCCAAAAUACUGUGUAAUUAUGCGAUGAAAAGAGACGACUUUUAGCCGUAAGUGGUGCUGAGCUUGUAUGUCCCCUCCAACCAAUAACGUCACAAACACACGUCAUCAUUCCGCGACGUUUUCAACAAGAACACCACAGGAAAUUUUAAAUUGUAAUUUAGUAAACUAAAAAGGCCGUAUUGGCAUGUGUUGCAAUGUUAAUAUUUCAUCAUUGAUAUAUAAACUAUCAGACUGCGUAGUCGGUAGUAGUGGGUUUCAGUAGGCCUUUAACUCGACAACUCCAGUGGAGGAAUACUUGAAAUCAAAUCUGCACACAUCCUAAAACCCGCAUUUUAACAUACAAGUGGAAAAAUAAGUGUGCAACUCCGAGCCAUACUAAACCACCAUUCUGGUUCUGUGCCCUCACUGGUGCCCUCUUGUGGUGGCCUGGCAUAAAAGACAAAACAGGGCAGAACAGCUCAGACUUUUCCACACAAUGACUUUAAACUUAAAGUUUUUAUGCCAUUUAAAGGCAUGUUCUCACCUCUUUUGUCAACGAUUUAAAUGUUUCUGCCAACUGUGAUGAAAAUAUCAACACACCUCAAGAACUCUUAAAGUUGCAUUUACAGUACUGCAGUACCUCAAAUAUGUCUUAAACACUCCAGUGCAAUGUCACGUUUUGUUCAUUAUUCAUAUCUGGUUCUACUUGAAUUUCCUCUUUUGUUUACAUUACACAAAGUGGAAAUCUAUGCAGGAUUAAUAUUUUUAAAUGUAGGUCAAUAUUGCUUUUUUUUCACUAAAAAUACCAUUUUUUGCAGGCACUUUCCAUUCAAUUUGUUUAUGUACUUAAAAUAACCUCAAAAAUGAAAGAAGAAGCACUUUUGACCUUAAUUUUCACAAAAAUUCCCCAUGUUUGUGUCCUCAUGUCUUUGAUUCCAGUCAUUACCUCAUAUUUUUUAUAACAUUUUCGUCAGGUGUCAUAACAGUGAACGACAUUAAAAAGGAACAUGCUGUC